AUGAACUCGGACGUGGCGAUGCCCGCGUGGAUGGCGAGGUCGGCCUCGCCCCCUGCAUCGGCGCCGCGCCAGAAGCGGGGCAAGGCAGGCAACCCCAAGGAGAAGGCCGGCCAGCUCCUGGUCGUCAUCGCGAAGCUCGCCCUCACCACAGCCAGACAGGCAGCGCAGCUCGAGAGUGUGUGCUACACCACGAUGCUCAUCAGCGAGGCCGACGGCAGCCCGGGGCAGGCCAUGGCCUUCCUGGGGCCGUGCAUGGGCGUGAAGCGCAGGGUGGUGCCCACCGGGGCCCUGGACGCCAAGGCCGGCGGCCUCGCUCACCCGACGCGCCUGAAGGGGCGCGUGAAGAGCUACAACACGAAGAAAGGUUUUGGGUUCGUGGACCUCAAGGAAUUUCCCCGCGAUGUCUUCGUGUACAACUCGCAGCUGAUAGGCCGCAUCGGCCUCAUUGCAGGCGAGACGGUGGAGUUCGACCUCGUCUUCGACGAGGGGAGGCCCCAGGCGCAGCGGGUGAAGGUGGUGUCUGGGCCUGCCGUCAACGAUGGCGUCCCUUUCCCGACGAUGUCAGGCAAGGACGGUGCCCAGCAGAGCUUGGAGCCCACGCCCCUGCCCACCACCGAAAACCCGUUCAGUGCCCUGAAGCAGGCCAUGCUGCCGCAGCAGACGCCGCUGCCCAACAUGCGGGACCUCGCGCAGGCGCUGGCCGCGCAGGCCAUCGAGGUGCCGUCCACCCUGCCGCCGGCGCCGGCCCAGCAGAAGGCCGCCUCCGAGCGGGCGGGCGUGAGCGUCGCGCAGAGGAUCGCCGCCGCCCAGGCCAUGGCGCCCAAGUCGCCCGAGGAGGUGAUGAGCGACAAGAUCCGGGAGGCGCAGAGGGUCGCGGCGGCGGACAAGGCCGGGCCCGCGAAGCCGCCCAUCAGCGCGGAGGAGGCCGCCCAGGCGGUGUGGAUGGCCCAGGCGCGCGCCCAGCAGCAGAAGCAGCAGGACAUGAUACCCGGCAGGUACCAGUCGCCCUGGCAGAUGGACGAGCUGCCCGUGGACGCGGGCGGUGGCCCGGAGGCGGCCUUCACGGACGAGGGCCCCAUCCCGAAGAACUCCACGGUGCAGGUGUGCAACUUCCCGGUGCAGGAGGUCAACCUCUCCUUCGGGGAGGUCCAGGGAUACGACGCAGCCACCGGCCGGUACAGCGUUGCCGUGCAGAGGCGGAAGCAGGACCGCAACAUCCCCGAGAAGGUGAACAUGAAGUUCAGUGAGCACUACCUGCAGGUGGUCAGCAUGCCCGACGGCUUCCGGGGCUCCCAGCCUCGGGGCACGGUCGGAUCCGUGGCUGCCGCGUCGGCGGCCGCGGCGCAGGCGGCGUCGCAGAUGACGCAGCAGCAGCCGAUGCCGCUGCGGCCGGGCGCCUCGCAGGCGCUGGUCAAGUCGGCCACAGACGCGCUGAAGCGGUUCAGCGGCCUGGUGCCGCAGCAGCAGCCGCCCCCGCAGCCGCCGCAGCCCUCCUCCUUCUCCCAGCUGGGGCUGUCGCAGCCUG